GAAAUCCCGCUGAUACCAUAUACCGAGGCCCUCACCAAGGGUUUUCCUCGCCACGCCGCCCUCUAAGCUUCCUCCUAAUCGCCGUCUUGCGAAGCCACUUCUCUUCUCUCCCAGCCAACGAUGUCUUCUUCCCAGGGCCGAAGGGGCUCUCUCCCAGGGACGAGCGACGACGGCAAGGGCGUUCUUUCUAGGUUUUCGAGCUCCAUCUCCCAGUCGCUUAUCGUGUCCCGCGGGAAGCGCACCGCCUCGGAGGCCGCCACUGUCGCCAAGAAGCUCCUCUGGAGCACUGGACGCGCCGCCUGGAUCGCCGGCACCACCUUCCUCGUCCUGGUGGUGCCCCUGAUCAUCGAGAUGGACCGGGAACAGCAGAUGAACGAGCUCGAGAUGCAGCAGGCCAGUCUUCUCGGUGCUCCCCCUCCCUCCAUUGCCGCUCCCGCCGCUCCCAAGUGAUCGUCGUUCAGGUAUUUGAGGCGGAUCGGAAGCGAACUUGAUUUCCCAUUGCAGCAGACGGAAACCACACCCACAGUUCCCGUAAGUAACACCCCAAGUGCAGUGUGGUAGGAAACCAAAAGCUGAUCUACACCUAGUACACGUACGUCAGAGCUUAGUUUCAACUAACGUGACAGAGAGGGCCCCAAGCCUGGUACCAAGAAGAAGAAGCGUUAUGUGAAAAAAGGGGUCGGGGACCACCAUUUAGGCUCUCGGCAGAAUUCAUGAAUGAAUUGACCUUUCAAGUUAAACAUAUAUUCAAAGAGGCUAACAGGGCCGCAGACUGGAUGACUGCUUAUAUAGCUUGCCACUCCAAGAGCACCUUAUGGGCCCAAGAGGAGGAGUUGUCUAGGGUACUUCAUAAUCUAUUAUUUUCUAAUUUUAUUGAAUGUAUCCAUACUUGUAAUGUAUGAAAUAUUUAUUGUAACAAAAAAAAAUAACAAUAAUAAUUUUGAGCCACAAA